GCUAUGUUGGUAUUAUGUUUGUUUCGCAUCGUUGGGCUAUAUCUAUUGGAGUUCACAUCCACUUAUUUAUUUUUAGGUUUUAAAGACAAGCUUCAAUAAAAUUUUCACUUUUUUUUAUUUUGAGGCAACAUUUUAAUAUUAUUUUAUUUUCAUUAACUUGGUGAUUAGUGUUGCUAGGUAAUGAUAACAGCAAAGUUGAACUUCCGGUUUUCAUUCCAAACGCAAAUGUUCCAAUUUGGGAUCACUGACGAGUGUCACUGAUCCAAUGCAGAUGUCUCAAACAACAAUAUCGGCGAAUGGAAUAGAAUAGAACAAAAUGGGGUCAUCCAAUAGAUCAACUAUAUUCACAAAUAACUAUUUUGAACACAGGUUGGUGGCAUCCGCUGGUUCAGGCGAUAUUUCAACUCUAAGAAAACUACUACGAAAGAAAAUAUCAACAGAUAAAUUAGAUGAUUAUGGAAGAACUGCCCUUAGCGUUGCUAGUAAUGGUAAGAACCAAAGGUCAAAUGUGCCUCUAUAUAAUCAACUUCAUUAAUUAUUUUUUUUUAUAGAAAAGAGCUGAAUAUCUUAGCUCAUAAAAUUAAUAUUUUCGCUUGGUACUUUAAUAUUCCUUCUGAUUCUAAGACUCAAUUAUCCUUGUAGUUUUCAAUUUUAAUAUUAAAAUUGUAUGUUUCCAUGACUUUAUUUUAAUGCUUUAAAAACAAUUACAAUAAUAAACGUGACUGUUAAACCCAUUAUUUAAAUUUAAUUUAAUCAGUGGUUCCUAAUCAAAGAAAUUAAGAGCCAUCUUGUCUUAUAGAAGGUGAAUCUGAAAUUGUCAAGUUACUUUUGGAGGCAGGAGCUGAUGUCAAUCAGAUGGUUGGAGCUAAUGUCACACCGUUGCAUGCCGCUGCCAGAAGUAAGACAAUUUCAAAUAUAAAUUAUUAAUUUUAAAAAUUUAUUUUACGAGGUUUUAGUAUUAAAACUUAAUACACUGACUGAUUCAAAUUUCAAUUCAAAAUAGUUUUUAGUUUGCAUAGCACUCAAACAUAUUUUAAUAUUACAGUAAAUUUACUGAAGGCCUUACUGGUAGCUGUUAUGUUAUUUUUAGAAAUAUAUAAGACAAUAAUUUAUUUAAUCAUUUUUUAAUAUAAUUUCAAUAAACCAUUUGACACCACCAGAUCAUCACACUGAAGCAGCCAAGCAGCUUAUUUUAGGUGGAGCAUAUCUUAAUGUAGAAAACUGCAAUAAACUCAAACCCAUUGACCACUGCAAGUACAAUUCAAAAACUAGAGAAGUUCUGAAAUGUGCCAUGCUUGGACAAAUGCCUGAAAUCGAAAACGAAUCUAAAGUUCCAGAUAUUCCAGGGUAUGCAAUUCCAGAAGGUAAUAAACCAAAAGACACCAAGAAAAAGGGCAAGAAAGGAAAAGGUGGUAAAGGGAAAAAGAAAGGGAAAAAAGGAAAGAAGAAAGGAAAGAAGAAAGGAAAGAGGAAAAAGAAAUAAAUAUUACUGAAAACUAAAUUAUUGCAUGUAAAUUUGAUGUCACUCCUCAUUUUUUUGUGAUUAACAAUGUUUUUUUGUUUUUUUUUUAAACACAUCUCGCUAUUUACUCAUUAAAAAUGAAGAUUGGAAAAAUG